GUCCCUAAACGCCUCACAUUCCGCUUCGUGGGGGCCGUGGGAGAGCAGUUUCCUGGCAGUUAGGGUGCCUUAAAAAAUCACGGAAACUGCGGUGGAAUAGCCAUAAACUAUACAAGUGAAACUCCACUGGGAUUAUAAAUUUGAAACUUCUUUACAUCCGUCUUGUCUCCAGCCUCUGCGGCAGAGAUGGCCACUGAGAAGACCGAGUACACCCCUGUGGAGGUGGGACCCGCUCAGCCGCCUCCCCCCGCGUAUCCAGGCUUCCCCGUCGGGUUCGUCAUGCCCCCCAUGCCCACCAUGCCCGGCCCAAACAUGGCCUCCGGCCCUCCACCCGGCGGUUUGCCCUUCCCUCCACCGACUACCUUUGCACCGGGGGUCCCUGGAGCUUUCGGGAUGGCCACCAACCCCCAGGGAGGCCCCGGAUACACCAACCCCUGCUCCCCAUAUUCUCAACCAGGCCCAGGAUUUGAGGGAAACUUCAGUGAUGAUGUCUACCGUAAUGAGGAGGAUCCGCCGGCCUUUCACGAGAAUCAGGACUUUGAUUUUGGAUUGGAUAACAAGAGCAUAAGAAGAGCGUUUAUUCGGAAGGUGUUCUUGGUGUUAACCGCUCAGCUGAUGGUCACAUUCGCCUUCGUGGCCGUCUUCACCUUCGUGGAUCAAGUCAAGGUGUUCGUCAGGGUGAACACAUGGACCUACCUGGUGUCCUACGUCGUUUUCUUCGUGUCCGUCUGCGUGAUCAGUUGCUGCGGAAGCGUUCGCCGGAGACACCCUUGGAACCUGGUGGCGCUGUCCAUCCUGACGCUCAGCAUGUCCUACAUGGUGGGAAUGAUCGCCAGCUUCCACGAAACUGAAUCUGUGAUCAUGGCCGUGGGAAUUACAGCGUUUGUGUGCUUCACGGUGGUCCUCUUCUCUUUGCAGACCAAGUACGACUUCACUUCCUGCUACGGUGUGCUGUUUGUCUGUCUGAUCGUCCUGAUCGUCUUCGGUUUCCUCUGCAUCUUCAUCCGUGACAGGAUUCUGCACAUCGUGUAUGCUGGACUGGGAGCAUUGCUCUUCACCUGUUUCCUGGCCGUCGACACACAGCUGCUGCUUGGCAACAAGGAACUGGCUCUGAGUCCUGAGGAAUACGUCUUCGCCGCCCUUAACCUGUACACGGACAUCAUCAACGUUUUCCUCUAUAUUCUGGCCAUCAUUGGAAGAGCAAGGGGAGGCUGAGCAGGAGGAGCGGCGCGUGAGGAUUCACGCAGAAAAUUUGUUUUCAGUAAACGUGUAGAAGUGAGUUCCCAUAGUCACGAUGUUUGAUUUGCUUUGUAGUGUGUAUUCACCACAUAGUCGAAGACUGCUUUUGCUUCAUCCAGUGUAAAUGCUAUAUUUUUAUGAUACUUUAGGUAGAUGGGUAAAGUGGAAGUUCCAGGUUUGCGGAGUUAUUUAUGAGGUGUAUGACCUGUUGUACAAAAACUGUAUUUCAGUUUAGAAAAUUGUAUCCUAUGCCAUACUAAAUCAUAAAACAUGGCAGGUUUAUUCCAGGGUUUUCAGCUUCAUGUCAGUCUUCAGUGUUGCUCGGUUCAAAUGGGGAUACAUUUGUUGACAUUGAAGCGCACAAGACUCCUUGUCUGUGUUGGAUUCUUUACCAGAUGAUGACUGUGUGAAGCUCUUUAAACCCUGAAACAACCACUCAGUGGACUUUGGGAUUGGUUAGUCAAACAGUGACUUUCCCAGGGCCCAGAGUGGACUUUGAUGCUUGACCAAUAAACCAGCAGGGAUGAAAAGGGCUAAAACAGUGCAGUGGAUGAUGAUAAACUUAAGUAUCAACUGAUCUGUCUCCACGACAACCAAGCAAACUUCAUCCACUGCUUAAAAAUCUAAAAAGUUGUUACAAAGUGGACCUUGUGUUGGUUUCUUUUUUUCUUUCUUUUUGUCAAACUACUAUUUCUACUUUCAUGCUUUCAAGUAUUGAGAAACUUUUUUAAACCUGAUGUCUGUUCUUUGUAUUCCAGUAAAAGAAUCCUGAUAAAACCA